AUGGCAGCCUCAAUCAGAGCAAACUGCAGAAAGGUCAUCUGUAUUGGCCGUAACUAUGCCGACCACAUCACAGAGCUCAACAACACGAAACCAAAGCAGCCAUUCUUCUUCCUGAAGCCGUCAUCCUCAAUUCUCUGCCCCGGCGAGGGCCCCGUUCUGCGCCCGAGAGGCACAAACCUACAUUAUGAGGUCGAAUUGGGUCUCGUAAUGGGCAAGCAGCUUCGCGAUCUGGACCCGAACGAUAACAAGGGAGCUUUGGAUGCGAUUCACAGCUACCUCCUCACAAUUGACAUGACCGCGCGCAAUGUCCAAGACGAGGCGAAAAAGAAGGGCCUGCCCUGGACCAUUGCGAAAGGCUUCGAUACCUUCCUCCCCGUUUCCCAGCAAAUCCUGAAAUCCCAAAUCCCCGACCCGCACAAUGCCUUCCUCCGCCUGAGCGUGAACAACCAAGCGCGCCAGGCUGACUCUUCUGGAUUGAUGCUGUACCGCAUUCCCAGACUACUGGCGGAGAUCUCGCGCGUGAUGACUCUGGAGAAAGGAGACUUGGUUUUGACCGGAACACCCAAGGGUGUUGGUGAGGUCAAAUCUGGUGAUGUUAUGAAGGCGUCGAUUGAGGUUGAUGGGAAGGAGAUUGAAGAGGGCAAGAUUGAUGUUGAGGUCAAGGACCGGGAGGGGAGGUAUGAUUAUGGCGAGACCUAA